AUGGUGCAUUGUGUUUUCAAAAGUGGUCUUAUACAGGUUCCGCCAAAAACACUUGAAUACCGAAGUUUUAAGUCAUACAACAAAUCAUCUUUCAGACAAGAUCUCAAUAAUGYCCCAUGGCACGUUGCUCUUAAUAACCCUGAAGACUUAGAAGGCUGUGUUCAAACUUGGAACAAAUUAUUUCUAGAAGUUGCGGAAGAGCAUGCGCCAACUAAAACACGUAGAGUAAGAGGAUCUCGGACUCCUUGGAUGACUUCUGAAAUUGCAACCUUGAUGAGAAAUCGCAAUUACCAUCUCAAAAAGGCUAAAGGUAAAAAAACUAAUUCUCAUUGGACAAAAUAUCGUGCUUUAAGAAAUAAGGUCCAACGUAAAAUCAAAAAGUCUAAAUCGGAGUAUUACUGCAAUCUUAUUAAAGACUCUCGAAAUAAUUCUAGUGAUCUAUGGAAAUCUAUCAAGGAAGUCAUACCUGGAAGUAAUUCACACAAACACAAUAUAACCAGCUUAAUAUCAGAUGGGAUUACUCAUACCAACCCUACAUCAAUGUCAUCAAUCUUCAACAAGUUUUUUGCAACUAUCGGCUUAAAGCUUGCUGAGAAAUUCUCAAUGAGGAACACUUUGACAGCUAAUGGCGUUAAACAAGCCUCCAGCAUUUUUGAAUUUCAAGCGAUCAAUUAUGAGUCUGUUGUAAAAAUGAUAAAUGAACUUAAACCUAACAAAGCAGUUGGUUUAGACAAAAUAAGUUCUCGUUUGUUAAAGGAUGCUGCUGAUGUUAUUGCACCAAGUCUCACAUCGUUAUUUAACAUCUCCAUAGACACUGGCUGUUUUCCGUCUACAUGGAAAUUGGCAAAGGUAUCUCCUCUUUUUAAAAAGGGUAGUUUUGGUGCAGAUGGUGUGAAAGGCAGCAAGACAAAGAUGUUUUUGUAUGAGGAAAGUCCUCACAAAGCUCAGUAG